AUGUGGGAGUGCCACUCUCGCUCACCACGGCUGACAAGCCAGCCAGCGAAGAAAGGCCAACGUACGUGUUCGACCAUGGCGCAGCGUACACUGGGAGCUGGCUGGGGGAGCAUCGAGAAGGCUAUGGAGUGCAGGUGUGGCCAGACGGAGCGCGCUAUGAAGGCCAGUGGAAGGGAGACAAAGCUCAUGGAUGGGGGAGGUUCGUUCAUGCGGACGGGGACGUCUAUGAGGGCGAGUGGGCUGCAGACACAGCCCACGGGCAAGGCACGUACUAUCACUCUGAUGGGUCCAAAUACGAAGGUCAGUGGGAGUAUGACCGGCAACAUGGGCAGGGCAUAG